UCGAAUUGAGGGGGAAAAAAAAUCAGGGAGGAGGUGGCAAGCCACACCCCACAGUGCCCGCGAAGUUCCCCGGCAGCGGACUGCCGCCCGGGCAGAAGCCGCCGAGAUGCAGGGCCCGCCGCUCCUGACCGCCGCCCACCUCCUCUGCGUGUGCACCGCCGCCCUGGCCGCGGCCCCGGGGCCCCGGUUUCUGGUGACAGCUCCAGGGAUCAUCAGGCCUGGAGGAAAUGUGACUAUUGGGGUGGAGCUUCUGGAACACUGCCCCUCACAGGUCACUGUGAAGGCGGAGCUGCUCAAGACAUCAUCAAACCUCACUGUCUCUGUCCUGCAAGCAGAAGGAGUCUUUGAAAAAGGUUCUUUUAAGACACUUACUCUUCCAUCACUACCUCUGAACAGUGCCAAUGGGAUUUAUGAGCUACGUGUAACCGGACGUGCCCAGGAUGAGAUUUUAUUCUCUAAUAGUACUCGCUUAUCAUUUGAGACCAAGAGAAUAUCUGUCUUCAUUCAAACAGACAAGACCUUAUACAAGCCAAAGCAAGAAGUGAAGUUUCGCAUUGUUACGCUCUUCUCAGAUUUCAAGCCUUACAAAACCUCUUUAAACAUUCUCAUUAAGGACCCCAAAUCAAACUUGAUCCAACAGUGGUUGUCACAACAAAGUGAUCUUGGAGUCAUUUCCAAAACUUUUCAGCUAUCUUCCCACCCAAUACUUGGGGACUGGUCUAUUCAAGUUCAAGUGAAUGACCAGACAUAUUACCAAUCAUUUCAGGUUUCAGAAUAUGUAUUACCAAAGUUUGACGUGGCUUUGCAGACACCGUUAUAUUGUUCUAUGAAUUCUAAGCAUUUAAAUGGUACCGUCACGGCAAAGUAUACAUAUGGGAAGCCAGUGAAAGGAGACGUAACACUUACGUUUUUACCUUUAUCCUUUUGGGGAGAGAAGAAAAUUAUUACAAAAACAUUUAAGAUAAAUGGAUCGGCAAAUUUCUCUUUUAAUGAUGAAGAGAUGAAAAAUGUAAUGGAUUUUUCAAAUGGACUUUCUGAACACAUAGAUCUGUCUUCUCCUGGACCGGUAGAAAUUUUAGCCACAGUAACAGAAUCACUUACAGGUAUCUCAAGAAAUGCAAGCACUAAUGUGUUCUUCAAGCAACAUGAUUAUAUUAUUGAAUUUUUUGAUUAUGCUACUGUCUUGAAGCCAUCUCUCAACUUCACAGCCACUGUGAAGGUAACCCGUGCUGAUGGCAACCAACUGACUCUUGAAGAAAGAAGAAAUAAUGUAGUCAUAACAGUGACGCAGGCAAACUCUACUGAGAACUGGGGCAGACCUAUCAAUGGAAAUCAGAAAAUGGAAGCUGUGCAGAAGAUAAAUUAUACUGUCCCCCAAAAUGGAAUUUUUAAGAUUGAAUUCCCAAUCCUGGAGGAUUCCAGUGAACUACAGUUGAAGGCCUAUUUUCUUGGUAGUAAAAGUAGCAUGGCAGUUCAUAGUCUGUUUAAGUCUCCUAGUAAGACAUACAUCCAACUAAAAACAAGAGAUGAAAAUAUAAAGGUGGGACUGCCUUUUGAAUUGGUGGUUCGUGGCAACAAGCAAUUGAAGGAGUUAAGCUAUAUGGUAGUAUCCAGGGGACAGUUGGUGGCUGUAGGCAAACAAAAUUCGACAAUCUUCUCUUUAACCCCAGAAAAUUCUUGGACUCCAAAAGCCUGUAUAAUUGUGUAUUAUAUUGAAGAUGAUGGGGAAAUUAUAAAUGAUGUUCUAAAAAUUCCUGUUCAGCUUGUUUUUAAAAAUAAGAUAAAGCUAUAUUGGAGUAAAGCAAAGGCUGAACCAUCUGAGAAAGUCUCGCUUAGGAUCUCUGUGACACAGCCUGACUCCAUAGUUGGGAUUGUAGCUGUUGACAAAAGUGUGAAUCUCAUGAAUGCCUCUAAUGAUAUUACAAUGGAAAAUGUGGUCCAUGAGUUGGAACUUUAUAACACAGGAUAUUAUUUAGGCAUGUUCAUGAGUUCUUUUGCAGUCUUUCAGGAAUGUGGACUCUGGGUACUGACUGAUGCAGACCUCAGGGAGGAUUAUAUUGAUGGUGUUUAUGACCAUCCAGAGUAUGCUGAAAGGUUUAUGGAUGAAACUGAAGGACAUAUAAUAGAUAUUAAUGGCUUUUCUUUGGAUAGCAGUCCACGUGUCCGAAAACAUUUUCCAGAGACUUGGAUUUGGCUAGACACCAACAUGGGUUCCAGGAUUUACCAAGAAUUUGAAGUAACUGUACCUGAUUCCAUCACCUCUUGGGUGGCUACUGGUUUUGUGGUCUCUGAUGACCUGGGUCUUGGACUAACAACUACUCCAGUGGAGCUGCAAGCCUUCCAACCAUUUUUCAUUUUUUUGAAUCUUCCCUACUCUGUUAUCAGAGGUGAAGAAUUUGCUUUGGAAGUAACUAUAUUCAAUUAUUUGAAAGAUGCCACUGAGGUUAAGGUAAUUGUUGAGAAAAGUGACAAAUUUGAUAUUCUAAUGACUUCAAAUGAAAUAAAUGCCACAGGCCACCAGCAGACCAUUCUGGUUCCCAGUGAGGAUGGGGCAACUGUUCUUUUUCCCAUCAAGCCGACACAUCUGGGAGAAAUUCCUAUCACAGUCACGGCUCUUUCACCCACUGCUUCUGAUGCUAUCACCCAGAUGAUUUUCGUAAAGGCUGAAGGAAUAGAAAAAUUAUAUUCACAAUCCGUCUUAUUAGACUUGACUGGCAAUAGGCUACAGAGUACCCUGAAAACUUUGAGUUUCUCAUUUCCUGCUAAUACAGUGACUGGCAGUGAAAGAGUUCAGAUCACUGCAAUUGGAGAUGUUCUCGGUCCUUCCAUCAAUGGCUUAGCCUCACUGAUUCGGAUGCCUUAUGGCUGUGGUGAACAGAACAUGAUAAAUUUUGCUCCAAAUAUUUACAUUUUGGAUUAUCUGACUAAAAAGAAACAACUGACAGAUAAUUUGAAAGAAAAAGCUCUUUCAUUUAUGAGGCAAGGUUACCAGAGAGAACUUCUUUAUCAGAGGGAAGAUGGCUCUUUCAGUGCUUUUGGGAAUGAUGACCCUUCUGGGAGCACUUGGUUGUCAGCUUUUGUUUUAAGAUGUUUCCUUGAAGCUGAUCCUUACAUAGAUAUUGAUCAGAAUGUGUUACACAGAACGUACACUUGGCUUAAAGGACGUCAGAAAUCCAAUGGUGAAUUUUGGGAGCCAGGAAGAGUGAUUCAUAGUGAGCUUCAAGGUGGCAAUAAAAGUCCAGUAACACUUACAGCCUAUAUUGUGACUUCUCUCCUGGGAUAUAGAAAGUAUCAGCCUAACAUUGAUGUGCAAGAGUCUAUCAAUUUCUUGGAGUCUGAAUUCAGCAGAGAAAUUUUAGACAAUUAUACUCUAGCUCUUAUAACGUAUGCAUUGUCGUCAGUGGGGAGUCCUAAAGCGAAGGAAGCUUUGAAUAUGCUGACUUGGAGAGCAGAAGAAGAAGGAGGCAUGCAAUUCUGGGUGUCAUCAGAGUCCAAACUUUCUGACUCCUGGCAGCCACGCUCCCUGGAUAUUGAAGUUGCAGCCUAUGCUCUGCUCUCACAUUUCCUACAAUUUCAGGCUUCUGAGGGAAUCCCAAUUAUGAGGUGGCUAAGCAGGCAAAGAAAUAGCUUGGGUGGUUUUGCAUCUACUCAGGAUACCAUUGUGGCUUUAAAGGCUCUUUCUGAAUUUGCAGCCCUAAUGAAUACAGAAAGGACCAAUAUCCAAGUGACCGUGAUGGGGCCUAGCUCACCAAGUCCUGUAAACUUUCGGAUUGACACACACAACCGCUUACUCCUUCAGACAGCAGAGCUUGCUGUGGUACAGCCAACUGCAGUUAAUAUUUCCGCAAGUGGUUUUGGAUUUGCUAUUUGUCAGCUCAAUGUUGUAUAUAACGUGAAAGAUUUUGAGUCUUCUAGAAGACGAAGAUCUAUCCAAAAUCAAGAAGCCUUUGACUUAGAUGUUGCUGUAAAAGAUAAUAAAGAUGAUCUGAAUCAUGUGGAUUUGAAUGUGUGCACAAGGUUUUUGGGCCCAGGUAGGAGUGGCAUGGCUCUUAUGGAAGUUAACCUACUCAGUGGCUUUAUGGUGCCUUCAGAUGCCAUUCCUCUGAGUGAGACAGUGAAGAAAGUGGAAUAUGAUCAUGGAAAACUCAACCUCUAUUUAGAUUCUCUAAAUGAAACCCAGUUUUGUGUUGAUAUUCCUGCUGUGAGAAACUUUAAAGUUUCAAAUACCCAAGAUGCUUCAGUGUCCAUUGUGGAUUACUAUGAGCCAAGGAGACAGGCGGUGAGAAGUUACAACUCUGAAGCGAAGCUAUCCUCCUGUGACCUUUGCCGUGACGUCCAGGGCUGCCGUCCUUGUGAGGAUGGAGCUUCAGGCUCCCAUCAUCCCUCUUCAGUCAUUUUUAUUUUUUGUUUCACACUUCUGUACUUUUUGCAACUUUGGCUGUGAUUUAUUUUUAAAGGACUCCAUGUAACACUAAUAUUUCUAGUACUCACAUGUGAUUGCUUUGUUUUCAUAAUCGAAUAUUGCUUUUAUUUUGAAAAACAGUUUUUUUUUCUUUCUAUGGGGUUGGGGUGGUGGUGGUGGUGGUGGUGUACAGCAGAUCCUAGUGUGUAUAGCUGCAUAGAUUUCUUCACCCGGUCUUUGUGUGGAAGAUCAGAAUGAAUGCAGUUUUAUGUCUACAUUUUCCCCUUUCAAAAUCUUUUAGCAUUUUUUUGGAGGUGUUUGUUUUCUCCAGAAUAAAGGUAUUAUUUUAGAAUAGUUAUUCUCCUCAUUUUGUGGAAGAAAUGAACCCAGAUUCUUAAGCAUUAUGGCACAUCCAUGUUUGCUUAAAGAUGGAUUUCCCUGGGAAUGGGAGAAAACAGCCAGCAGGAGGAGCUUGAUCUCUUCCCUUCCCACCUCCAACCUAACCCUAACUGCCCACCCCACCCCACCCUACCGCCCCAUGCCCAGCGGUCUCAGUAGAUACUUCUUAACUGGAAAUUCUUUCUUUUUAGAAUGUAGGUGAUGAUUUUUUUUGGGGGGGCAUUUUUUUUCCCCGCUGGAAAUCUGAUCACACACCCCAGCUUUUCCUUUUCCUCUCUUUCCUGUACAGAGAAAUGUGAGGGGCAGUACAUGUCCCUGUGCUUUGCAUGCCAUCUCAGAGGUUGAGGAGCAUACCAAAAACUGCCCUGGAGGGUGCUGGGUGUGCUCUCUCCUUCCCACAUCCUCAGCCCCACACUGACUCUAUUUCGGGGUGAGAGGCAGAGAGCACUGUAAUAUGUGCCUCAAGGGAUUUUGAUUAGAAGAUCCUAGACCAGGAGACACUGUGAGCCAGGGCACAACAAAAUACUGGAUAAGUCAUUGCAGACCGACCUCCCUGCAAUUUGAGAAAGAAGCUGGGUUUGUGGAGAAUCAGAGCAUCUUGACAUGACUCCUGGCCUAAAGAUCUCUGGCAUUGGACAGGGGUUCUGUGGAAACUCUUCUAGGUUCAGGGAUCUGAGCAUCAGACUGCCAGUCAUCUAGUGACAUCUGAUGCUUGCUGUGAACUUUUAAGAUCCCUGAAUCCUGAGCACCUUAAUUUUUAGUUGCCCUGUGUUCUGAAGAGUAAUAUAAUUUAUCUGGAUGGAAAUUUUAAAGAUGUCCCCCUUUCUCCUUCUCCUCAUUCUCUCUUUCUUUCCUUUCCAUCUCCCUUUCUUCUUUGCCUUCUAAAUAUACUGAAACAAUUUAAAUACGAGUCAACAAUUAAUGAUCUUUUACUCAAUCUAAGAAAUGGUUUAGUUUUGCUGUAUAGCUUUCAGCAAAUGUAUUGGCAUUUCUCUCAAGUGGACACGAGAAAAAGUAAUUGCCAUGUGCUCCAAAGAGUUUGUUUUAUGUUUUUAGUUUUUAAAAAAUAAAUCCAUCAAAA